UCUUUCCGUCCCGGCUCUCAGUAAACUGAGAGGGUGGAAUUCGUUGCCCGAAGCCCGAAGCCCUGCGCUUAGGUACGCUACUGGGCCCAACGGUUUCAACAUGGCAUCAGUUACAGAUAAGUCGCUGUUAUCGGCCGAAUUACAAGGAGGACAGGAGGAAGAGGAAUUCAAUCGCCUUUUACUUCAGGAUUCUGCCUUAAAACCCACACAAGUUCUGGUGAGAAGAUUUUUGUCAAUGUCUGCAGGUCUCCACACAUCCCUUCGCCACCUGACCUAACCAACGAAGAGCUGGGUUGCCUCAUUGAAUCAGAGAAUGCCUCCACCUUCCGGAUCCCCAUGAGUCUGGGGGAGCCCCAUGCAGAAGUGGACAAGAGUGGUAAUGGUUGCACAGCCUACGAUGUCACCAUCAACACCAACUUUUUUAAUAGAAUGGAGAGCAACCAAUUUCUCAAAGAAUUCUUCCUUACCAUAGCCAUGGAAGGAUUGUCAGAGAAGUACAAGAUGGACAUCAGCAAUCAAGAUUGGCGGAUUCUGAAGAACAGGAAGUUUAUGGGCUCCAUAUCUGAACAGAAUAUCCGCACUAAAUCCAAGCCCAUCAUCCAGGAAAUACAGAGCAGCCCUGCUGCAGCUCCUGAAUUCACCAUAGUGGCGGAGCCAUCAACCAGUCACCCCAAUCGUCUAGUGGCAAAGAUCUCUCUCCCUGAAAUGAUCUCAGUGAGAAAUCUUGAACUGGACCUUGGAGAAGACCGUAUUGUGUUACGGGGACAUCCUGAGCUCUAUCAUUUGGAUAUUUUCAUACCCUACAGCAUCGUCCCUGAGGAAAGCCGGGCUCAGUUCCACAAAGAAACAAAGAUCCUUACUGUCCUGAUGCCUGUCCAACACCCAUUGCUGUUGCUAUGAGCUCCGAACAGACGGUCUAGAGGAUUGAUCACAGUGUAGGCUGGGGAUGUACAUUAUGGACAUAUGUCCCAGCCUUGUACAAGAAACUUCUGGCGAAGAACAGCGGACUGGAGAAAUAGGAAUGACCUCCUUCUCCAAAGAAUGAUGCUGGAGCUUGGGAAGUGUCAUCUCUAAGACACGCAGGCUUUGAACCUAGAAACACAGUAAAACAUGUUGGAUGAGAGUCAGGAUUUGUCUCCAUUUUUCCUCCUACGGUUUGUUUUCAGCUUCCUUUCCACCCACAACAGCUGUCACUCUUUCCCAUUUAAUUUUGCCUCCUUUUGUUACACUUAAUCCAUGUACUCUCCCUGCUUUGCUCCUACAGUCAGCUCAACUGCAAUCUGUGGCCAUGAUGUGUACUCACCAUCUUAAUGUUAAUGAAAGUUUGUUCUGUUUCAAUUGCAGAGGGAGAGAAUUUUGAAGUGAUUCCUGUAGGAAAUCUAUUCUAAUGGACUACAAAAAUACUGUCUUUUGAAUGUGUUCCUUUGUAAAGAUCCUGUUAUGGCUAGAAAAUCAGCCAAGGAAGAAUGGCCAAAGCUAGAACUUUUUUCCUUGUGUGCUGUCAUGUCUACUCAACUGGGGGCAAGCAAGCAAGAACCACACCAAUUAAAGGACUCUUUAAUAAGAGAGCCAGUUGGGUCUAAUGGUUAAGGCACCAGAUUAAAAUCAGGAGACCAGGAGUUCAAUCCCACUUUAGGCAUGAAAGUCAACUAGGGGCUUUUGGGCCAGUCACAUCAGCCUAAUCCACCUCACAUGGUUAUGGAGAAAACAAGAGGAGCAAAGAGUAUUAGGUGUGUUCACCAUCUUGAGUUAUUUAUAAAAAAGAGAGGAAAGGAAGGAAGGAAAGAGAGAGAGAGAUUAGAUAGAAUAGAUAGAGAGAGAGAGAGAGAGAUAUGAGUUAAAUACAGAAUCUUGGAAACCCUUAGACUUAGAGGAUUCCCUCAAUUAUAGUGAAUUAAUUAAGACAGUCUCUCUGAAUAUUUUGAGUUGCUGUCUUUUCCCCGAUUUCUCCCUAACUGGGCUGAAUUAUUUCUAAGAUAACAACUGACUCAUUAGUCUGUUCCUUUCACAGACACCCCACAAUCAUUCCCAUCUGCUUCAUUUAUAUCUGGAUUCAGGGAAAAUAUUCUAACAAGCCAUCUGCAUUGAUGUAUUCCAGUCCCUUAUCUUAAACGAUACCUCUGCCACCAUAUUUGGAAGUCCACUAGGCAGUCUUACACUCUUGUUUUUACCAAACUCCCAAGGUGAAGCUAUGGCUGAAACUCUAGCCUUGCCUUAUCACUCUGAUAUUGUCCAGAUGUAUUAGCAUUAUAAUUUUUCAAAUUCCCCUGUUGGCUGAGAAUACUGGUCCUCUUUCUUCUUCUAAACUGAAACGUUCUCCACUUAAAGUACUGUUUCUCAACUUCAGCAACUUGAAGAUGUGUGGACUUCUACUCCCAGAAUUCCCCAGCUGAGAUUGGAAAAAACUGAUCUCAUUUAUAAUUGAGGAUUUAAUUGUGACGAAGAUGCCAACUUUAUUCUCCUGUAACACUUUCUUCUUUAGCUGCCACUGUCCCUUGUCCUUGCAAGAAUGAGGGUGUGUGUUUUCUCCUCCACCCCCGUGUGAAUAUCUUCUUCACAGAUGUGAUAUUUUCAGAAUUGACUUUAUAUGUUGCUGCCAAAAUACUUUGCCACACUUCACGGUUGCAAUAUUCUCUGAGCCAGUUGUGAAAUCUGCAUGAUUGAAGCCUUUUUGCAAUGUAGCACUUUUCUGGCACCUUGACCAAAAGAAGAAAAAAGAUUGUAGUCCUGGUUUUCAACAAAAUCUGAAAGUCGAUAGAGCUGUGGUGUGUUAAACUGAACUUUUAACAAUAGGAAUUCGUUAAACUUUGAUUUAUUUUGAACAUGUGAUAACCAUGAACUAUAUAUAGGCCUUGAUUUAGUAUUGAAAUCUUGUCUUCAAAAUCCCUCCCCUAAUUAAAGGCAGAAUAAAAAUAAAUAAAUUGCAGAUUUCAAUGCAAUUGAAAUCUUUGAAGCAAUGCAUAGGAAUGUCUGUGGGUGGGGCCAAAAAAAUCAAGAAGAGAUAUAGAUUCUUUUAUCAUAGGUGCCAUCUUGAUUUUUAUGACUUCCCACUGACAUUUCAUGCAAAUUUUUGUGACUGAUUUCUGCAUUGCACUCUUCUGGCUUUGGGGGGAAAGAGAAGGAAGAAAGAAGAUGGAUUUCCCAACCUGCUGAGAAGGAUGGCAUCUUUGUUACCUGUUUUUGAAAAAUUGGAGGCUUCUAGGCUAUGAAAGCUUGUCUUAAAGAAUAAAUUGAUAUGUGCAGAGGGCUGAGCUACAUUAGAAUCCAUAUGCUAUUAAAACUCAUCCUGACUAACUGUGUGAAAUAAUGCAAUACUGGUAGGGCAAUACAGUAAUUUUUGGACCAAGGUUCUUCAUAUGGGCUAAUUUAAAGAAUGCCAUCAAACUAUGGGAUCCAUGACUUUCGAGAGAAUGAAAUUUGGGGAAGAGCAGAUGCUUCAGUUCUACUGGAUGCUGCAGCACUGCUGAGUUUCUGAUGCAGUCAUGUGAUCUUCAUUUUCAAUUCUGUGACAGUUUCCUAGCCAGUCUUGCAAUCCCUUGUUCCUUCCCCCAUCCAGCAGCAGCCACUUGGGAGGAGGGAGGAUGAUUUCCAAUGCUGCUAAGCCAAAUUUCCAUAAGAAAACUCAAUGGCGAAGCUGACCAGGAAGUCAGAAGUCACAUCUCUGCAAUUGCUUUUUUGCCCACCCUUGGUCCUUCUAUGUCUCUGUUUAGGUGAAGAAAUACUUCUGAAAUGAUGACCCAAUGAGGCAUGGAUUGUCUAAUAUCUUUCUAAACCAAAAAACAACCUACAGAUAAACUUCUCAGAUGGCCCUAAUUCUUUAGAUUUCUAACAAUAGCAAACCCACCAAAUCCUCUCUCAGAAUUAGGUUUCAACCAUACAUUGAAGACUUAAAUUCUUUUCUCUGACUAUACAUCUGAAUAUGUUCUAGCAUUUUGCUUAAACAGUAUUUCAUGGUGACCAGUGCUGAUUUAUAGGAAUGAAGGAGGAAUUUGUUUUUGUAGAUUAAUGUAAACUAGCAUCAUUUGGCAUUUCUGUACCAAUAAAUAUGCUAAAAUGC